AUGGAGGACGAGAAAUCGACCCAUGGCGAUGUGAUUGGGCAGCGGUUCCUAGGAAACGAGAGCCACGUGGAGCACUUCAAGCUCCUGGAGCGCGCGACCACUUCCAUCCUGAUUGGCGCCAGGAACGCCAUUUACAACAUAAGUCUGCACGACCUAACGGAGAUCGUCGACCAGAGGUUGCAGUGGUCCAGCAGCAGGGCACAUCGCGAACUUUGUUAUCUGAAAGGACGUAGCGAGGACCAGUGUCAGAAUUACGUACGGGUAUUCGGCAGACAAGGACCUGAUCGAUUUCUUGUUUGCGGAACGAACGCGUACAAACCUCAAUGCAUGCAGUUCACCAUCAAGGAUGGCGCUUACGUGAAAGAGAGCGAAACGGACGGGCUGGGACUUUGCCCUUACGAUCCACGACACAACAGCACCGCUGUAUUUGUCGAGGGACAGCUGUACGCCGCGACUGUGGCCGACUUUUCUGGCGGAGAGCCGCUGAUUCACAGAGAGAAAAUCCGCACUGAGCGCUCGGAUUUAAAUCAACUAAACGGUCCAAAUUUCGUCAGCUCAUUCGCCUACGAAGAAUACGUCUUCUUCUUCUACCGCGAAACAGCGGUAGAAUACAUGAACUGUGGCAAGGCGGUGUACUCGCGAGUGGGUAGAGUGUGCCAGCACGACAAGGGCGGACCUCAUGCGUUCAGCGACAGAUGGACGAGCUUCCUGAAAGCGAGGCUCAACUGUUCUGUGCCCGGCGAAUACCCUUUCUAUUUCAAUGAAAUACGUUAUUGUGGUGUCCGAGAGAAUGUUUGUGCGGCAUAGAUCAAGCGAGGCGCGAAUGAAGAGUGUUUGGAUUGAUUGCAGUGUGAAUGAAGAGAGUUUGGAUCGAGUGACAGUUCGUCGUAAGAGGAAUGCGUGUAUGAUUAAAUUUGGGAGAGCAAGUGUAUCGUGGAGGCAGAAUGAAUUGUGGAGUCGAGCGAGAAAGUCGAGCGUGAGAGUCGAAAGAGUCCAGAGAGAAAAGUCGAACGUCAAUUGUAUUUUGUUCCUUUUUAAUAUUAAAUAUUUUUGUGUUAUUAAA